AUGGAAUGGCAACCACAAGAAGAGCCAUUGAGGCAGCUGGCCAGCUACCUCAGGGACUCCUUGAACUCUUAUGAUCGCAAUCUCCAGAAACAGGCAGAAAUGAUGCUUACUAGAGCCACAGCAAGCCCUGAUUUCGUGAAUUACUUGACGUUUAUAUUCUGCACUGAGAACCCUCCACAGCCAGUCGCCAUGGACCAGAACACAUACAAUAUUGUGCGAUUCUCGGCUGCCCUCAAUCUCAAAACAAAGAUACGUAUAGCUUAUAAUGGCAUCCCGCCAGAGAGCUUAGUCUUUGUCCGCCGAGCAACUCUGCUGGGGCUACGGGACUCCAACAUGCAGAUUCGCAAUUCGGCAGGAAGCAUUAUAACAGAGCUGAUUCAAAAAGGCGGGUUGCUGGCUUGGCCGGAAGUUCUGCAGGAACUGCUUAAUCUUGUUGCAAAUGGAGCUGGCGAUGUAACGCCAUUUACCCAAGAAGCCGCCAUGUCUGCUCUCGCCAAGGUGUGCGAAGACAACCGCAAGAUUUUGGACAAGGACUACGGAGGUCAACGGCCACUCGAGGUGAUUAUACCUCGCCUGUUGGAUUUUACAGCGAGUGGCAGCGCGAUGAUUCGCUCAGCUGCCCUCAGUACCAUUCAGAUCUUCCUUUCGAUGAAGCCACAAGCUCUGAUUGCCAAUUUCGAUACGUUCAUGGCACAUCUCUUCCGUCUGGCCAACGAUUCUUCGACCGACGUACGCCGAACCGUUUGCCAAGCCUUUGGGCAGUUGGCAGAAGUUGCUCCUGACCAGCUCAUUCCCCAUAUGGAAGGGUUGGUGGAUUAUAUUAUCAUUCAACAAAACACCAACGAGGACCCUGAACUUGCCCUCGACGCAGCCGAGUUUUGGCUCACAGCGGGAGAGCAGCCCAAAUUACAGCAGCCACUCAGCCAGCAUCUUCACAAGAUCGUGCCACUGUUGCUCCGAAGCAUGAUUUACGACGAGGAUGAAGUGGAGCGGCUGGCUGCCGAGAACGACGACGCAGAAGAAGAGGAUCGGGCUGAAGAUUUAAGACCCCGGUUUGCAAAAGCGAAAGGAUCCCGACUUGAAGGCACUACAGACUCAAAAGCCCAAGCCGAGAUUUCCGAAGAACGCGAAGAUGGGGAGAUUAGCGAAGAGGAAUCUGACUUUGAUGAUGACGACCCGGAGGAUUCCUGGACGCUAAGAAAGUGCUCCGCUGCUGCGCUGGAUAUCUUUUCGAACGUAUACCAUUCGCCUGUUUUUGACCUGAUUUUGCCUUACCUGAAGGAUACACUUAGGCAUGCGCAGUGGCCGAAUCGUGAAGCAGCUGUUCUGACACUUGGCGCCGUUGCCGAUGGAUGUAUGGAUGCUGUUACUCCUCAUUUGCCUGAAUUGGUCCCAUACCUCAUCUCCUUGCUCAACGAUCCAGAGCCGGUGGUCAGGAAGAUUACCUGCUGGUGCCUGGGCAGAUACUCGGAGUGGGCUGCUCAUGUCGAGGGUCCAAACCAAUCCUCUCAGUUCUUUGAGCCCAUGAUGGAGGGCAUUCUUCGCCGCAUGCUUGACAACAACAAGAAAGUCCAGGAGGCUGCUGCAUCGGCAUUUGCUAGUCUUGAAGAAAAGUCCGAUGCAAGCUUGAUUCCUUACUGUGAACCCAUCCUGAGACAAUUCGUCGAAUGCUUCCAUAAAUACAAAGAUCGCAAUAUGUACAUAUUGUACGACUGCGUGCAGACAUUAGCGGAAUGUGUCAUGGGAGAGCUCGCCAAACCUCAGCUCGUCAAUCUUCUUAUGCCUGCAUUGCUCGACCGUUAUAAUCGGAUAUCUGACCAGUCGCAAGAGUUGUUUCCCCUGCUCGAGUGUCUUGGCUACAUCGCAGCUGCAUACGGCGAUGUUUUCUCCCAGUUCGCUGCUCCCAUAUUCCAGCGCUGCGUUAAAAUCGUCUACGAGAACAUCCAGCAGUCUGUUCAAGCAUCACAAGACAGUUCGUUCGAAGAGCCGGAUAAAGACUUCCUCAUCACUAGUCUGGACUUGAUGAGUGCUAUAAUACAGGCAAUUCCUUCAGACGAGAGCGGACAGCUUGUGUCAAACUCGCAGCCGAAAUUCUUUGACCUGUUGUGCUAUUGCAUGAAUGACCCCAACAAUGAGGUGCGCCAGUCAUCUUAUGCCCUACUGGGCGACUGUGCUAUCCACAUCUUCUCUCAGCUCCAACCAUACAUUCCCAACAUAAUGCCUCUUCUCAUUAAGCAACUUGAUGUCGAGUCAAUUGUGGAUGAGGCGGCUUUCAGUGUGGUUAACAAUGCUUGCUGGUCUCUUGGAGAGAUUGCCUUGGAGGAGCAUGCUGAUUUGGGGCCUUGGCUCGAGAAACUUUACCCAGCCUUGUUGACUAUUAUCUCCAACGAGAUGGUUAUUGAUUCGGUAAAUGAAAAUGCUGCGGUAGCUUUAGGUCGUUUGGGAAUCAGCAAGUCCGAACUGCUCGCACCGCAUUUGCAACAGUUUGCCCAGGAGUUUAUCAAGUCCAUGUCUAAAGUCGACUUUUCGCGAGAGAAGGCUACGGCAUUCCUUGGCUUUAAUCGCGUUGUCAUGCACAACCCACAAGCAAUGGAAUCAUGCCUCGCAGAUUAUUUCACUAUCAUAUCAACAUUCCCUCAAAAGUCUCUCAGCCACGAUGACUAUCGAGACCUGCAACGAUCUUUCCAACAGGUCCUCAAAGGCUAUCAAGAAUUAAUACCCGGAUUCGACUCUUUUCUUUCUCAACUACCGCCACAAGUAACGCAAAGGCUCAAGUCGAGCUACCAGAUCUAG